GAUGCCACAUCCCCCGUCCUAUGUCACUGGCUAUGUUUCGGUGAUGGCACGUUCCUGUCCCGACCAAAAAUGAAAAAUCCAUGAAAGCAGCUUUUCCAAGUUUUUCCCCCCGAACUUUGCUUUGGAUACCUCUCCUUCCUCCUCUUCUCGAUUGGGUCUUGAGCCUUUUCAAGAAGCACGCCCACGUAACGGGGGAAAUGCUGAGGGAGAACCCAUCUGACCGUUCUUUUUGUUGAGGGAGGGAAAGAGAGAGGAGGCAGAGGGAGGAAGGAAUCCGCAGCAGCAGUCGUCGGAGGAGGACAUUUUCCAGGUGAACCCCAGGUAGAGUUGCGAUAUUGGUUUAUUCGUAAUGGGCUGCGUCGCUUCGAGAAUUGAUGAAGAAGAGAGGGUUCAGGCGUGCAAGGAGAGAAAGAGGUUGAUGAAGCAGUUGCUGGUGUUUAGGGGGGACUUUGCUGAUGCCCUGUUGGAUUACAUAAGCCUGAAGAACACGGGAGCGACACUCCGGCAGUUCACCGAGUCGGAGUCGUUGGAGAUCGAGAACACUUUGUUCGGCCUGGCAUCACCUCCUUCUCCUCCUCCCCCUUUGCCUCCAUCACCUCCACCUCCACCGGUUUUCAGUCCGGAUAAUAGGAGGCACAAUAAAACUAAGGAGAGAUUACUAGUACACAAGAAAGAAGAACAAGCUGUGGAGUUGGACGAUGAUACUUCAUCACAGAUGAGCGGGGACACUAAUGAAAGUGCUGAUAUGACCAUGGAAGUUUGGAAGAGCAAGAAGUCCUUGGAGGGUAUUGUGAAGAACUUGGAUGAGCAUUUUCUGGAAGCAUCAGCUCUUGGCAGGGAUAUAGCUAUUCUUGUGGACUUCAAUUCAUGGGAUAGUUUCCCACCCAAGAAAACAAAAGAACACAAGAGGAAGAGAAGCAAUUCUGCUAAGGUUGUGAGUGCUCUUUCAUGGAACUGGUCAUCUAGGUCACUUCAGCUUACAAGAGAUGUUACUGAGUAUCCUGGUCCUAGUGAACCCUGCAAGGCGGGUGCUCAUCCGAUCGCUCUUGACAAGCUGUUCACUGCAGAGCAUAACCUUUAUAAACACUUAAAGGAUGAAGAAAACACAAAGCUAGAGUACGAGAGAAAACUCUUGUUACUGCAAAAGCAAGAAGAUGAAAACCAAGACUGGGCCAAGAGGGACAAAACCAGAUUAACUGUGGAGGGUCUGGAGUCUGACCUAAUUAGCCUGCAGCAGUCCAUUAGUAGAACUUGUGAUGUAAUAGUGACUCUAAUAGAUGAGGAGCUUCACCCUCAGUUGGUUGCAUUAACUUCCGGGCUGCUGCACAUGUGGAAAACAAUGUGUAGAUGCCAUAAACUUCAAAACCAUAUAGCACUCCAAUUAAAUCAUAUUUCAGUUAAUCAAGUAACAGGGCUUUCUUCAGACUUCCAUCGCCAGGCCGCAGUACAGCUUGAGUCUGAGGUGGAAUCAUGGUACAAAAGCUUCUGCAAGCUCGUUACAUCUCAAAAAGGUUAUGUCAGCACUCUCCAAAGGUGGUUAGAAUUAACGGAUUGCCUUGCGGAUGAUCAACUCCAGAGUAAUUUCUCUUCUGUGCUUUGUACACUUUGUGAGGAUUGGCAGAUUCACCUUGAAAGAGUACCUGAUAAGGCAGCUUCAGAUGCCCUCAAGAGCCUUCUAUUGGGUGUCCGCUCUAUCCUUUUGCAACAGGCUGAGGAACUAGACCUGCAGAGGAAAGCCAAGAAGCUCGAAAAGAAGUUGCAGAAAGAGUCGUCUUCACUGGAUGAAAUGGAGAAGAAGCUCGAGCGAGGCAUUUCCGCAGAUAACCCGACUUUGGAGGUGGGUCCUAAUCAUCCUAUAUCACUGAAGCGUGCGAAGAUCGAGACCCUGAAGAAACGGUUGGACGAUGAGAAUGCCAAGUAUGUGGUCUCGGUCGAGUUCACCAAGGCCAUGGCCCUGAACCACCUCAAGAACGGCCUGCCUUGCGUUUUUAAGGCAUUGAUGGAAUUCUCAGGUGCUUGCACUAAGGUAUUCGAGGCUCUGAAUAACCCCGGCGAGCAGGUAGGCAGUCGUGAGAAUGAGCCGCGGGUUUUGCCUGCGUGAUUUCAUGGAUGCCUGAGGCCGUGUGUAUAAUUUGUUUCAACAUUUGGUAAACCUUGAUAAGGUGUCAUUGCAUUUGCAUAGAAAUACUGUGAAAUUCUUUUUGUUAAUUUUGGUUUGAUCUUAGCUUGAUUUUGAUG